AGGCUCUAUUCCCAGUGAUCAUUUCGCGCCAUGCGUCAAAUGAAUGCGCAUUGCGUUUUACCUUCCUUUUCGUAAAUUUGGUUGCACCACCACGUGUAAUCGAUUAUUCAAGAUGCAGCUAUUUGUUCGCGGACAAAACCUUCAUACUUUCGAUGUCACUGGCACGGAGAGUGUCCAGUACCUCAAGAAUGAAAUCUCCUUUGCUGAGGGAAUCUCUGUCGAUGAACAGGUUCUUUUCUACGCUGGGCGACCUCUAGAGGACGAACUGAGCCUUGAGGAUUGUGGAGUAGUUGAUCUGGCUACUUUGGAAGUCGGGCUUCGCUUGCACGGAGGUAAGGUUCACGGUUCUCUUGCUCGUGCUGGUAAAGUGAAGGGACAAACACCCAAGGUUGACAAGCAGGAAAAGAAAAAGAAGAAGACUGGCCGUGCUAAGCGAAGAAUGCAGUACAACAGGCGAUUUGUUAAUGUUGUUGCUGGAUUUGGGAAAAGAAGGGGACCUAACUCAAAUGCCCCCUGAAGUGCUAUGGUAGUUGGAAUUUCAGUCAUGUAAAUGGUGCUUUCUCAUCAAUAAAAUAUUGUACCAUAACUAUGCA